UUUUGAUAAUUCUUAAAAAAAAAGAAAUAAAAAAAAAACAAAAUCAAAACCACCCUACUGCCACAACAAAGAACAACCACAACAUCACCACCAAACGCCAGCAACACCUCCAAGCACAGCACCACCCCUACACUGCCGGCGGCUGGCAGCCGGUGCCCAACCCAUUCUCCUGACUUCGACGACCUCCCUCCCUUUCCGCCACCCUCCAUGACACCACUCAACGCCCCAUUAUGAUUUUGCUUGUUCGAAUUGGUGGCUGCCGGUGGGCGGGGUUCUGUAGCGCGAGGGGUUGUGAGUUGGUGGCGCUAGUACUGGGCAGCAGAGGGUUGUGUUUAUUAUUUAAUUAUUUUAUUUUUAAUUAAUGUUGUGUUGUGUUUUUGUUUGGAGAUCAAUUCACUGAGGAAGUUACUAUUCAGAUUCAUAAGCAAUUUGUUGCAAACUUUGCGUAGUUAUAGAUUUGGAGGUAAUUAAGAUGGUGCCCAAUUCAAUUUAUCGGGUGCAGGUUGGAAUGUAGGAUGAGAAAAUAGAGGGGUAGACAUUUGGUUAUUGAAGUAUAGAUAAAAUGAAUUUGACACAACAAGAAGUAUAGAUUUUGUUGGUGGUUAGAUCAAGGGCCUCAAGGCAGUAGUAGAGGUUCUGGAAGUAGAAAUGGAGAAUAACUGACAAAGAUGGAAGGAGUAGAAUGUGCAAUUCAGGAGAAGACGAGAAGUAUUGGGUAAAGCCAAGAGUAGCAAAGGCACUCAAUGCUUCUGAGUUUGGUAAAGAUGGUGGUGUUUUGAAGCAUAUGAGUAAGGUGAUUUGUUUUGGAGAUAGGAGAGAUGGUUUUGGGCGGCGUCGGUAUAAGUGGUGGCUGGUGGGGGUUUAAGGAUGUACCGAUUUCAAGGGUGGGGGUCUUGGAGGGUGCCGGAAUCCGAGUGGGGGUUUUGGGCGUGUUUGGUUCCGGUGGGGGUUUUCGGGUGGGGAUUGGCCGGUUUCGGGUGGGUUGUGGCCGGAAAUACAAGGUGGCUGGAAAGAGAGGUGAAGAGGAGGGUGGCCGGAUUUAAUGGAGGAGGGGUUGGCAGUGGGGUUAGGGGAGGUUUGAGUUUUAUUUAUUUAUUUUUUUUUUUUAUUUAAUUUUAUUUAUUUUGUUAAUCUAAAAAAAAUAAUUAAAGGAAAAUAAAUAAAAUGACCGGUUGUUCAGGUUAUAGGUCAGUUGGUUUUAUUACGAGAGAAAAAAAUACAAACUUGUGUUUAUUUGGGCUGAUUUAAAGGUUGGUUCGUUACGGGAGAAUGGGGCAAAGGUUGGUUCGUUACGGGAGAAUGGGGCAAAGGUUGAUUUAUUGUUGUUAAAUUUUUCAAAAAAAAAAAGAAAGAGAUAGACUAUAGUAUACUCCUACAGUCCUACACGAGUACUCCUUAGUGGCUUAAUAAAGUAAAGUGAAGAAGAGAAGAGCUGAAGAAGUGGGAGAUGAUAAAAACUCCAAUUCAGCAAUGUAUCUUUGAGUCCCGGCGACCAAAUACUAGUUCGCUCAGGUGCGCAGUUCUUGGUGCCGGCUUUGCUGGGUUGUCAGUGGCGUGGCAUUUGCUAUUCCACAGCCCCAAAGAAUUCAAAGUACAAGUUGACAUUUUUGAUGAUGUUGGCAUUGCUGGCGGCGCUUCUGGAGUUGAUGGAGGCCUCGUUCACCCCUAUUCUCCUAAAAUCAAGCCUCUUUGGAGGGCUGAUGAAUGCUGGACAGAGUUUUUGAAUCUUCUUAAUGUUGCUGAAGCCGCCGCCGCAGCAGCUUCUACUGAUGACUUCAUUGUCAGGAGAACGGGCAUAUUGAGGCCACCUGUUAAUCACAAGAUAUUGGAUGUCAUGCACCAGAAUGCUCUCACUAGUCUACCAACUUGUCCAAUACAGACCCUUGAUGGAGCUGCUGCAAGGGACCUUAUACCAAAUUUAUGUACCCCUUUAAACACAGCCUUCUUUAUGCCUCUAGCUGUCAAUCUUAAUCCCCGCAACUAUCUUAAGGCACUUUUUCUCGCAACUCAACAUUUGGUCAACAAAAUCUCGUCAAUAGGCUUCCCUACCAAGGAAAUAACUUUGCAAAACAAACUUGUAGCUUCACUAAGUCAACUGGGAGAUGAAUAUGAUGCGGUCAUAGUUUGUCUUGGUGCUAGAGUUGACAUGCUGCCUGAGCUAUCUGGAAUGCUUCCUUUAAGGACAUGCAGAGGCAUUGUUGCACACCUUCAGUUGCAUGAUUCCUUGUGGUCUGUUCAGGUCCAAACCCGGAUCGGACCUGAUUUCAGGUCUGACUCGGAACUGGACCUGUUGAAUCAGGUCUGGUCUCCGGUCCUCAAAAUUCACCAAUUCAGGUCCCGAUCCAAACAGGUCCGGUCUAGGUCCGGUCCGGUUUUGGACCGGUGUACACCCCUAACGACAAAGAUGACUCCGUUCAAAAUCGAGUAUGGAAGGGAUCCCCCGAAAUUGUGGCGUAUGGGGGAAACAAUGGUCCGCUGUUUGAAGGAGAGCUUGAAGGAAAGGGAUGGCAUCCUAGAUGAAUUGUGGAUGAACGUCAAUCGUGCCCCGCAGGCGAUGAAAAACAAUGUGGAUAAACAGAGAAGGGAGGAGAACUUCGAGGUGGGCGAAAAGGUUUUCUUGAGGCUGCAACCGUACAGACAGAAAUUUCUCGUGAAAUGGCCCUAAGUUGGCAUCCCGGUUUUAUGGCCCUUUCGAGCGAAUUGGCCGGGUAGCUUACAAACUCCAGCUACCAGUGGAUUGCAAAAUUCAUCCCGUUUUCCAUGUGUCUCAACUCAAGAGAGCGUUAGGUAACCUCCAAAGUCAUCCACCAUUCCCACACUCACCCGAGUUGGAGCUUUUGGUCGAACCGGAAGAGCUCCUGGAUAUGCGGCCGAGAAAGAAGGGAUCUUCCCUCAUCCUCAAAGUUUUGCUCGCCUAGAAUGGGCUGCCGGAAUAUGAAGCUACAUGGGAGGAGUUCGAAGCGGUCAAUCUGAGGUUUCCCUCCUUCCACCUUGAGGACAAGGUGAAACUCAAAGGGGGGAGUGAUGUUAUGGACUAGGUCAAUGGGGUCAAUAGCCCGAGUCAACCACCUCUAUUGGUGUACACGAGGCGCAAAAAGGGGGACAGCAAGGGUCAAAAGCAUGAGGCAGUAGCAGGAAGCAAUCCUUUGCAACAAGACAGUUAAUUAAAGAGAAGUUAAGGAAGGAAAGCAAUCAACUUCAACUAUGUCUACUGAUGGUUUUUCUUAGUUAGUUAACAUGUCACAUGUAUUCACUUUAGAGCUGACUGUGGUCAUUAGAGGCUUUGAGUAUAAAUAUUGUAGUAUGUUAGAAGUAGAAAUGAUCCAGAUUAUUGAGUGAAACACUUUGUGAGAUUUGUAGCCUUAAGCUUCUAUGAGAAUUAUAGCCUAAAGCUAUACUUAUCUUCUUUAAGCUGUAAUUCGAAUCAUUAAUCAAUUAAGUACUCAAGCUUUGCCUUAAUUUGUGCUUAAUUAAGUGUUAAUUGGCUGUGCGAAAUCUGGUACAUAACACUGUAGAGAAAUGAAAAUUCUAAUUUGUAUGAAUUCAAUUAAUAAUAAUGGAUUAGAAACUGUGGAUACCAAUAAUUUACAAGGGGAAUUGGGUUGAAAGCUGUAGUUAUUUUUUCAAUUAUGAAUACAAAGAUGAUCUAGAUAAAAUUUAUAUUGAAAAUUUAAAGGUUUUCCCUUGUCCUUGAGGCAUCCCACACUCUAUUUUCCAAAUAAAGUGUCUAAAUUCAUCUACUUCAAAAUAUUGCUAAAUGUCCCAUUUUGUUGUUGAAGUUGUAACGGGAUUAUGCAUGUGGAUACGUGUGUAUCAAAUGUUCAUCUCCUUUUUUUUUUCCCAUCAUUUUCAAAGUGAUGCCUUAUCUCUCUUUUUUUUUGGUGGGACGGGUGGUUAUGAAGUUA